UCACGGGGCCGGAACCCGGAGCCGCCGGAGCCGCCGGAGCCGCCGCCGCCGCCGCCGCCGCCCCGGGCCCAGCGCCGCCCCAGCCCGGUCCGCAGCCGCGCUGCUCCCCCCAGGGCCGCCAGCAUGUCCAACAUGGAGAAACACCUCUUUAAUUUGAAGUUUGCUGCAAAGGAGCUCAACAGGAACUCCAAAAAAUGCGACAAAGAAGAAAAGGCUGAGAAAGCUAAAAUUAAGAAGGCCAUUCAGAAGGGGAACAUGGAAGUGGCGCGGAUCCACGCGGAGAACGCCAUCCGCCAGAAGAACCAGGCCAUCAACUUCCUGCGCAUGAGCGCCCGCGUGGACGCCGUGGCAGCCAGAGUCCAGACUGCCGUCACCAUGGGCAAGGUUACAAAGUCGAUGGCAGGGGUCGUGAAGUCAAUGGAUGCCACUUUGAAGAGCAUGAACUUGGAAAAGAUAUCUGCACUAAUGGACAAAUUUGAGCAUCAGUUUGAGACACUGGAUGUUCAGACACAGCAGAUGGAAGACACAAUGAGCAACACUACGACAUUAACAACACCACAAAACCAAGUGGACAUGCUCCUGCAGGAAAUGGCAGAUGAAGCAGGCCUUGAUCUGAACAUGGAACUACCUCAAGGACAGACCGGUUCUGUUGGUACAAGCGUGGCCUCGGCAGAACAGGAUGAGCUGUCACAGAGACUGGCCCGCCUACGUGAUCAAGUCUAACUGAAUGGAGCUGCAGUUCUUUGGAGCUGCUUCCAAAUUCCCUGUCUGGAACUAACCCUGCACUACACUCGAGGUGUAAAACAAUCUGGCUUAGGUGUUUGAAUAUUUGUAAUAUAGGGUACUUCACUCCCAGCUUGCUACUCUUUCUAAAAUACAUUAAGUGACCCAAAAAUAUGAGCUCUAAUGUCCUUUUCUGUACAUUUGGAAGUUGAUCUAUUUUUUGCAAGCUUUUUUCACAAGUUCAGGUUGAUGUUCUGAGUCUGCUAUUAAUGGUGGUACAGUCUAGUUCCAAGCAAAGCAGAGUGUCAGUGAGAUAUAUUUUAAAUUAUGACCUUUUUUUAAAUUAUGAAAACUGUUUAUGGUUAAAAAACUGAUGUAUCAGUUCAGAUGAUUGUUGUAGAUCAUUGUCCUACAGAGCCAAACUCUUGGAACACGCAGGGAUGGACAGCAUGGACAUCCUGGGAAAUACACUCGUUGAAACAAAUAAGUGGACUUUGAGUUUUUUUAGUCUUUAAAAGUUGGGAUAAAUGUGCUGAAAUUAGCAGUUUAGUUCAAAAAUAAGUUACCAAAAGCUGAUUUCAUAUAACUGGGGAUAUAACUUGUAUGGUGGCAUCACUUUAGCACAGGAGGAAUAAAAUAUAUUUUUGGACUCUUUGCCAGGUCUGUUGCUCUCUGCAGAUAAAAUCCCAUUGUUUGUAAUAUUCUGGUUGUAGGGAGUAGCUAAUUUUAGCAAUCCCUUUAUAUUUCUGCAUAGUAAGAGAGUCUGGCUGUUCUCAGUAGCUUCAAACUCUUGUUGCAGUUGUAAAGUACGAAAAGGUUGUAGAAAUUUGUAGCUGAGACCACUUGUGAUGUGUUGUGAUAAACAGUGACGUUCAAAUUCUCUUCCUAAUUUUUUUGGGCUCAUUUUUAUGUUUUGUUGUCGUAGGGGUGAGGGAAGGUGUGGAGCACCAGGUUUGGAAUUGAUUCUUAAUUGCCUGGUGCUCAGGGCCACAUGUGUUUUCCAGUGUUACGGAAUUGUUUAAGGAAAAGAAAAAACCCUCACUUUUUUACUCAAGCAGGAUUUUUUUUAAUGAAAAUGUGCAAAAACAAUGAAACUUUUUAGAGCAGUUUCAGACAUUGUUUUGUCUGUGUUAUCCAACUCAUGGGGAGGGUUGAGCAGGAGGUUAUGUACUGAAGUAAUCAAGGUUACUGCAAAAAUAAAAUCAGGAAAAUAAGAUAGACAAAAUAGCCUGAAAUGUUGACAGAUUCUCUCUGACACUGCCAGCUGAACUAAAACCAUGAGUUUAAAAAUGGAGUCUUUUCACUUGUUAGAAAGAAAUGGAUUGAAAAUAAAUAAAACACCUUGAAUGUUCCUCCUGUAAACAGAAGUUGGAAGGUGUUUAAAAACCAUGUACUGACAGCUGUAGUCUGGCUACAAUCCCUUCAAAUGAUUAGUAAAACAUCCUAGAAAGGGGCUUUUUCCUGCAUUUUCUCCCUGGCUGCUUCUGAACAUGGUAACCAACAUCAUGGUGUAUCUAUGCAACCCAGUUACCCAGCUGGGGUGGCUGUGUGUGUGCCUUUGCCUUGCUGGACCUCCUUCAGCUUUUUAAUAUUCAGUUACUUCAUAUCAUGAGAGUGCUGGAAGCUUCCUGCUGUGAAAUUGCUCCACACCAGAGUUUACUUGGAGCUGUCCAGAAAUACUGGGGAUUCAGUGUCUGAUAGUUGACAGCUCCAGCUACUGUGUCUGGCUUCUUUAGUGUUAAAAAUGAUGCUGAUGUUCGACUGGUUUGGGCCAUUCUGGAAUUAGUUGAGGUUCAGACAGCAAUUCUGAGCUCCGACAUGCUUGAUUUUCCCAGUCUGUUGCCGUGCUGUGAGCCUUGGAGGGAUUUAAAAAUAGACUGGGACUGAGAUUGCUGCAACAGAAAGGUUAAAUAAGCUUCAUGAUUUUAUUGAUUUUUGUGGAGUUUUGAUCUUAUCCCGGGGUGGUGAACUCCAGGACCAGCACAGA